UCCAUUAAACGUUUUGCAGUACCCUUGAACAGACGUCCUUCAUUAUCAUUCAUUCAAUGCACAGGCGUCGUUUCUGCGCCAGCGGUCAAACCUAAACGGAUCACAAGGAAGGAGCUUCUCCCGCCGCAUCUGUAGAAUCCAUGGAGGUAUUAGAAUGCGCAAACACAUCGGGCGCUCUUGGAUUUUUUCUUUUUUUUUUUGCUAGAAGGUACUUGCGUGCUUGGCUAUAUUUUGGCUACAGGUGGCCGGAAAACGGGCUAUAAAAGACCUUCGCCAUCUGGCAACCCUGUCUUUUUGCCGGUUGCUAUUUGUUUCGUGCGUGGUUUGUUUGUUGUUGGUAGGACUGCCUGUCACCCCAGUAUUUUUAUUCCGUGACGUUUUUGUGGCCAGCUACUACAAUGCAUAUUCUGGUCAAGUGGCCCCACCUACAUAUGCUGGAUGUCUACCCAAUUGAUACCCUCGUUGACGUUGAGUUAGGCUUAAGCAUUCUGUAUGAUCCAGAAACUGUGGUCAGUUUGAAGGGAAGGGGAUUCCAGAUCAGGUGGAGCGAGGACUGCGAUGCUUCUGAAGCAUAUAUUGUGGCGGCGGGGACAGCUGAAACUCUUGAAAAAAAAAAGGAUGAAGAUUCUGAGGGUGCUAGAGGUUGCGGCAAGCAUCACUGGUGCUAGUGGGGAAGAAGAGGCUUGCACAAGAAGCGAGGACCAGAAACGCCUGAUACAGCAGCUCGAGCACCAAAAUCACAAGCUUGCAAAGAAGCUCCGCAAUGCAAAGGAAAAGUGCGAAAUGGUCACGAUGGUUGGCAGGAUGGAGGAUAUCAUCGCCUCUGCGUCAAAUCAACAGCAGUCGCCUGUGUGUACAGCAACAAAGGUGGACAUCGGCCUUGGCGUUUGCUUCAAUGCGGGUGUGCUCCACAGGAUCGAGAGGGGCGCAAAGGGAGAUGGGACAAAGCUGGCACGGUCUGUGAUGAGAGCUGUAUUUCUCCCUGAAGAAAUGGUAAGGAGGACCCUAUAUGGUAAGCCAUGUAAUGCACACAAAGGUGCAUCACCAAAGCCUGCAUUGGAUGAAACAAGGCGGGAAGCAGUCCUCGCAUAUGCGUGUGCAAGAAGACCACGACUGGCCUUCGAGACAUUAAAGGGACCGAAAAGUGAAUAUAAACCUAUCGAAACUUUAUGUUCAGCGAAAAGCUUGAACCUUCAAAAGUUCAAAUAUCAAAGAACUCCGUUGAAAUCGCUGUAGUUUUUCUGUAAUCGAAUUUUCCAUGAUUGCAUGUCCAGGGACCUAGUAGGAAACCGAGCAGUCUGUCAACAAUUGCAUCACCCCGCGCCAUCUGUCGAGGACGCAUGUAAUACAAGCGCUUCCGGUCGCUAAUCCGGCGAAAACGAAAAUGGCCUUAGCAUUUGUGACCACUUUCUACGUCGAGAAUGUCGAACUUCUUGAACAUGAGUGCGCUGGAAUUCCGCAUUCGAGAACUAUCGCUCACACAACUUCUGUUCGUGCGAUAGCGUGCUGGAAAGUGUGUUCUCCGCAGCAGAAGAUUCCUCGUCCAGAGAUUUACCGGAGUCAGAUUCAUCCUCACCAGUAGCUCACCGCGCCGUGAACACGGACUGGUUUGUGAA